ACAAUUAAGCCUAAUUUUAACAAAAUAUGUCUUGGCGUGAGACAGAGGCUUAUUACUGUCUCUUCACAGAAAAGAAGAAGAAAAUCGAAGAUGAGUUACAUGGCCAACAGAAAGUCGCACGCUGUGUUGACUCCAUAUCCACUUCAAGGACAUAUUAAUCCAUUGUUCAAACUAGCAAAGCUGCUUCACCUGAGAGGCUUUCUCAUAACCUUUGUCCACACUGAGUACAACCACAAACGCUUCCUCAAAUCAAGGGGUUUCAAUGCCCUUCAUGGCUCACCAGAUUUUCGCUUUGAAACCAUCCCAGAUGGCCUUCCACCACCCUUGGAUGCUGAUGCUGAUGGUGAUGUUAGUCAAGACGUACCCUCUCUUUGUGACUCUAUCAGAAAAAACUUCCUCCAACCUUUUCGUGACCUUCUUGCUAGACUUAACCACUCUGCCACUGAUGGUCUCAUUCCCUCAGUUACUUGCUUAGUUUCUGACGGUAGCAUGGCCUCCUUUACUGUACGAGCUGCUCAAGAACUUGCAGUCCCUAAUGUUAUCUGUUGGCCUGCCAGUGCCUGUUCAUUCUUGUCUCUCAUCAACAUUCCCGCUCUCGUUGAAAAAGGUCUCAUACCACUCAAAGAUGAGAGUUAUCUGACAAAUGGGUAUUUGGACUCAAAAGUGGAGUGGAUUCCUGGAAUGCAGAACUUCCGGCUGAAGGACAUACCUGACUCAAAAGUGGAAGGAAGAUCAAAAGUGUCUUGAGUGGCUUGAAUCCCAGGAACUCGGAUCUGUUGUUUAUGUGAAUUUUGGCAGCUUUACUGUUAUGUCUGCAGAGUAAAUGAUGGAGUUUGCUUGGGGUUUGGCCAACAGCAAGAAACCCUUUUUGUGGAUCAUUAGGCCUGAUCUAGUCAUUGGAGGUUCAAUGAUUUUGUCAUCUGAGUUUGUGAAUGAAACAAGAGAUAGAAGCUUAAUAGCAAGUUGGGUUUGGCCAAACUAUUAUAUAAGGAAAUUUGACACUACACUUUAAUCCAAAAUCUUAAGGCUCAAAUUUAUGAUUCUUCUCCUCACUUAUAUGGUGUUUAACUUUUUCAGUUUUAUCUAAUAUAGAAUUUCACCUCAAACUUGUAAUCCAACAAAGAGGAGAUCCAACAAAGAGGAGAUGUGGAGAAGCUGGAGAAUGAGUUGAUGGUGGGACAGAAGAUGAGACAAACAAAAGACCAUGGAGUUGAAGAAGAAGGCGGAAGAGGAAACCAGGCCCGGUGGUGGUUCAUACAUGAACUUGGACAAAUUAAUUAAGGAGGUGUUGCUCAAACAAAAUUAAAUUGUGUUUUUCUUUCUGUUGAUAUUCUUUUCUUGAAUAUCUAGCAUUGCUAAGGACAAAGGAUAUGAAAUGUAUUGUAUAGGUUCCAAGUUACUACUUACAAGUGUGGUAGUAUAUGUGAUCGAUCUCCUCGUCGUCGUGGCAUCUGAGACUUGAGUUUGAAAGGACAAAUAUUGGAUGAAUUGAAUUACAUCUCCGCGACUUAUAUACUUAA